AUGGCAUCACCAGCAAGUGUUUCCGGCUCAGACUGGUCAGGUCCUAGACCUCUCCUACCAGAGGAAAUUCUGAUGCAAAAGGUGGAAAUCCAGCUACAGCAUGAUAAAGAAAUGCGGAAGAAUCAGCUCGAUUCCGAGUCGCAAGAUCCCGACAAGCAACUGGGAGAGCCUGACAAGUCGAUUGGGAAAUCAGCAUGUCCAACCAAGGCGCUGCACGAACAAGAACGGCCAGAAGAAACUAACGACGGUACCACUAGUACAAAGUCCGACAAAUAUGACGACUCUUCCGAAAUGUUUUCCUGCAAGCAGAGCAUCCUGAAACGGCCGAAGGGAGAAUCCCCAACUCAAUUCGUCGAUGCGCAGGGACCAUGGCAUCGACUUCAGCCACCAAAUCUAUUGGAAAUUGAAAAGUCGUUGGGAAGCUCAUCGGAUGUUAAUAUUUUAGAUGGAGAAUCAUCAUCUAGUAAGCGCUCCGAGUCACAGGAAGUACGCUUCCAUUCGGUUCAGGUUCGAAUGUAUGGACAAACGUUAAGCGACAACCCUGCCGUAUCGAAUGGUGCACCCAUUCAACUUGAUUGGUGCUACAACGAGCAUCCUCCAAUUGAUAUUAAUCUUUAUCAUGCAGGACGAACAACUCGUCCUAUCCGUCAAUUGGUGUUGAGUCGUUAUUAUCGACACAAAGUUUUGAUGCAUUGGUACAAUUUCACCGAGAAUGAAAUUAGGCUUGCCAACCAAAGAGCGAAAAAGACACGAAAACAACGUCAACAAACCAACAUGAUGGCAGAUGUGCGAUUCAUGGAAGGUUGUUUGUGGAGUGUGACGCGUAUCGUGAAGGGUAUGUUUGGAAUGCAGUAA